AGUACCUCGAACAGAAUAGGUCUUUGAGUGCUGAUUAUACCACCAUACCAUCUGAAGUCAGAAGACUAUAUGAAAGCAUGGCGUUGGCGGACAACUACGCAUUCAUCGGUCUCGGUGCGAUGGGCUACGCGAUGGCAGCCAACAUUCGCAAAAAGAUAGACCCGUCUUCAACCCUCUACAUCAACGACAUCAACGCUUCAGCAUGCUCCCGCUUCAAAGCCCAAUACUCAUUACAUGGUCCUAUAGAAGUCGUCGCAACAGCACGCGAAGCAGCGGAAAACGCGAAAGUGUUGAUUUCCAUUGUACCAGGAGGAGAAGACGUAAGGAAGGUCUAUCUAGACGAGAAAGACGGAGUGAUUGCAGCGAAGGAAGAUCAAGAAAGGAUAAUGCUAGAAUGCAGCACCAUCGACGUCAACACCACAAAAGAGGUGGGCCAGAAGCUCAAAGAAGCGGAGAUGGGUACAUACAUUGACGCCCCCGUAUCCGGCGGCGUUCCAGCAGCAGAAGCAGGCACACUAUCGAUGUUGGUUGGCCACCCUCCACCAGCGCAAAGACCAACUUCCUCAGCUUCUCCAGAAUCUCGAAUCUCGACGACCCUCACCAUGCUUGGUCCACCGUCUAAAGCCUUCUACCUGAAUACCCUUGGCGCCGGCCUCACCGCCAAGAUAUGCAACAACUACCUCUCCGGCACUAUUCUCCUCGCCACCGCUGAAGCCCUUGCAAUAGGCGUAUCUCACGGCCUUGACCCCUCCGCUUUGUACUCCGUGAUCAAGAACAGUACUGGCCAAUCUUGGAUGUGCGAUCACGUCAUGCCCAUUCCCAAUGUGCAGAAAGAGUAUUGGGUCCCUAGUAACAGUGGGUAUAAACCGGGGUUCAAGACGCAGAUGAUGCUCAAGGAUCUGGGAUUGGGUAUCGAGAGCGCGAGUCAGGUUGGGGUGAGGCCUAGUAUGGCUGAGAGGGCUUUGGACGUUUGGGAAGAGGCAGCGAAGGAUGAAAGGUGCGUGGAUAGGGAUGGGAGUAGUAUAUAUUUGCAUAUUGGGGGCGUUUUACCGCAGGGAUAUGAAGACAAAGGUAGGAAGAAGGAUGAAACGUGGGAGUUUGCGGACUGAGGCUUCUAUCAUCUUCAAUGUAGAUAAUCGUAUUGCG